AUGUCACUCUACUCUAAAUUUUUGAAGGACAUGCUAAACCAAAAGAGCAAGUAUAUACAUAGUGACACCAUUGUUGUGGAAGGAAACUGUAGUGCAGUGAUUCAACACAUCCUUCCACCUAAGCAUAAGGAUCCAGGCAGUAUCACCAUUCCUUGCUCUAUCGGUGCAAUUUCAGUUGGUAAGGCUCUUACUGAUUUAGGAGCAGCCAUUAAUUUGAUGUCGCUCUCCAUGUGCCGGAGGAUAGGAGAGCUGGAGAUAAUGCCAACACGAAUGACCCUACAGUUAGCAGACCGAUCCAUCACCGGGCCAUACGGAGUUAUAGAGGAUGUUUUGGUCCAAGUUAAGCACUUCAUUUUUCCAGCUGAUUUCGUUGUCAUGGACAUCGAAGAAGAUGUUGAGAUCCCCUUGAUCCUGGGACGUCCGUUCAUGUUAACUACAAGUUGCAUCAUGGACAUGGGAAAGCGGAAGUUAGAGAUGGGCAUUGAAGAUCAAAAGAUCAAUUUUGAUCUAUUUGAUGAAGAAAAACAAUUAUUGGACCAGAAUGUUUGUUUACAGGUGAAGGAGUGCGCUAAGCACAAAAAUGGCACUAAGCACGCCUUCGAGGAUAGAAAGCCCUUUUUAAAGCCUGAAGUGAAAGAAAAGAGAGAGCUUGGCGGAUAG